AAAAUGUGCUGUUUUGAUUAAAUAACGCAAGUGAAUCUUGGUGCCGGUGCAUUUUUACUGAAUCAAAUCAGUCUUUUUUUGGUGAACUAGCAACUUAAAGUACGGCAGCUUUCCGCUAUGAAUCAAGCCGAAGUAACGAAGUUAAUGUCCCAGCUGCGGAUAGCGAUUCGCCCACGACAUCGUAACUUGAAAAAUCCCGACGGUCCCGAAGGCCGGUUAAACAAGUUGCGCAAAACGGUGACGGCGCUGGUGAAACACGAGCGAAUCGAGCUAAAUCAUCAGCGGGCGGACGAAGCACGCGGAUACGCGGAACGGCUGAUAUCGGACGCGAUACGGCACGGGGAUUGCCACAAACCCACGAUGGAGAUGGCCGAUUAUUGGCUGCUGGAGAAACAGCUGGUGCACAAGCUGUUCAAGGUGCUCGUACCGCGGUUCGAAGAGUACAAGGUGUCCGCAACGCGAAUGUACAAAGCCCCCAAAGAAUACCCGGGCUGGUAUCGAAAGCGAGCGGUUUUGGAGCUCCGAGGCAAUCCUUAUCCAUCGCUGCUUCCCAACCAAUCCAACAAUCGAAACCUGCUGCAUAAUGUGCUCAUGGAUGAAGCGAAGAAAGACUACCGGAGGGAAAAGUAUGCGGAAAUAGCAUCCCAGAUUGGAUCGGAAGGUUCGCAGCCAGUACAAGGAUCGGCCGGGGAAAAUAUGACCAGCAGCGAACAACCAAAAGCGACACAACCCCAAACAUAGUUCAGUGUGUAUCUGUAGCCAUAACGUCAUUUGUUUAGAUUUAUAGUAGAACGCGAAUACGAUAAAUAACAGUAAAAUAAAGCAGAGCGAGCAAUGGAGAAAAUUCCUGGUCUCGCUAAGAUUAAAUGUAAUACUGUGUGGCGGGAUUGCACGCUUAUCGAUUUUCUGCGUUUUGGGUGCCUCAUGGAUGCUGCUAGGAUUAUUUACAAUCGCUAUCUGGGGACGAGAGGACAACGCAUGGCAUAUCAUUCUGGUGCUGUGUGUAUGCAUUGUUCGUACGAUUCAAACGUACACUAGAAGGAUACAAUCGUAACUGUGUCAAGGAUGUUAGGCAUCGUAGUGCGUUCACCAAACUGUGUAGUACACGCAGGACCGAAUCAUUAUGGGAUCCAGCAGGCUUGAUUUC